CCCGGCGGCGCAGGCGGCACAGGCGGCACAGGCGGCUGCGGAGCGGGACGGGACGGGACGCACCAUGUGCGGCAUCUUUGCUUACCUGAACUACCAUGUGCCCCGGACGAGGCGGGAGAUUCUGGAGACCCUCAUCAAGGGGCUGCAGCGCCUGGAGUACCGGGGCUAUGACUCUGCAGGAGUGGGACUGGACGGAGGAAAUGACAAAGACUGGGAAGCCAAUGCUUGCAAAAUCCACAUUAUCAAGCAGACCGGGAAAGUGAAGGCUCUGGAUGAAGAGGUUCACAAGCAGCAGGACAUGGACCUGGACAUCGAGUUCGACGUGCACCUGGGCAUCGCCCACACGCGCUGGGCCACGCACGGCGAGCCCAAGCCCGUGAACAGCCACCCGCAGCGCUCGGACAAGAACAACGAGUUCAUCGUCAUCCACAACGGCAUCAUCACCAACUACAAGGACCUGCAGAAAUUCCUGGAGAGCAAGGGCUACGACUUCGAGUCGGAGACGGACACGGAGAGCAUCGUCAAGCUGGUCAAGUACAUGUACGACAACCGCGACAGCGACGACAUCAGCUUCUCCACGCUGGUGGAGAGGGUGAUCCAGCAGCUGGAAGGUGCUUUUGCCCUUGUGUUCAAGAGUGUUCAUUACCCUGGGCAGGCGGUUGGGACCAGGAGAGGCAGCCCCCUGCUCAUCGGCGUGCGCAGCGAGCACAAGCUCUCCACUGACCACAUCCCCAUCCUGUACCGCACAGGCAAAGACAAGAAGGGGAGCUGCAACCUGUCCCGAGUGGACAGCACCACCUGCCUCUUCCCCGUGGAGGAGAAAGCUGUGGAAUAUUACUUUGCUUCUGAUGCCAGCGCCGUCAUCGAGCACACCAACCGCGUCAUCUUCCUGGAGGACGACGACGUGGCGGCCGUGGUGGACGGCCGUCUGUCCAUCCACCGCGUCAAGCGCACGGCCGGCGACCACCCGGGCCGGGCCGUGCAGACCCUGCAGAUGGAGCUGCAGCAGAUCAUGAAGGGUAACUUCAGCUCAUUCAUGCAGAAGGAAAUAUUUGAACAGCCAGAAUCUGUUGUUAAUACCAUGAGAGGAAGGGUCAACUUUGAUGACUACACUGUGAACCUGGGCGGGCUGAAGGAUCACAUCAAGGAGAUCCAGAGGUGUCGGCGUUUGAUCCUCAUCGCCUGUGGCACGAGCUACCACGCAGGAGUGGCAACCCGCCAGGUGCUGGAGGAGCUGACUGAGCUGCCCGUCAUGGUGGAGCUGGCCAGCGAUUUCCUGGACAGGAACACGCCCGUGUUCAGGGACGAUGUCUGCUUCUUCCUCAGCCAGUCAGGUAGGGCNGCCGACACGCUGAUGUGCCUUCGCUACUGCAAGGAGAGGGGAGCCCUGACCGUGGGCAUCACCAACACCGUGGGCAGCUCCAUCUCCCGCGAGACCGACUGCGGCGUGCACAUCAACGCGGGCCCCGAGAUCGGCGUGGCCAGCACCAAGGCCUACACCAGCCAGUUCGUGUCCCUGGUGAUGUUUGCCCUGAUGAUGUGUGACGACAGGAUCUCCAUGCAGGAGCGGCGCAAGGAGAUCAUGAGGGGGCUCAAGGGGCUGCCAGACUUGAUUAAAGAAGUGCUGAGCAUGGACGAUGAGAUCCAGAAGCUGGCCACCGAGCUGUACCACCAGAAGUCUGUCCUCAUCAUGGGACGGGGCUACCACUACGCCACGUGUCUGGAGGGAGCCCUGAAAAUUAAGGAGAUCACCUACAUGCACUCAGAGGGGAUCCUGGCCGGGGAGCUGAAGCACGGCCCCCUGGCCCUGGUGGACAAGCUCAUGCCCGUGAUCAUGAUCAUCAUGAGAGACCACACCUAUGCCAAGUGCCAGAAUGCCCUGCAGCAGGUCAUCGCCCGGCAGGGCCGGCCUGUGGUGAUCUGUGACAAGGAGGACAUCGAGACCAUUAAGAACAACAAAAGAACCAUCAAAGUUCCCCACUCCGUGGACUGCCUGCAGGGCAUCCUGAGCGUGAUCCCCCUCCAGCUGCUGGCCUUCCACCUGGCCGUGCUCAGGGGCUACGAUGUUGAUUUUCCAAGAAAUCUGGCCAAGUCCGUAACUGUAGAGUGACAGAUCAUCUGAAUCAUAGGGGCAAAGGGGAAUUAAAUGAAAGACUUUUUUUUUGGUACCAAAAUAACUCGAUUUUAAAGCCCCCUAGGUAAAUCUUAUUUUGGUAAAUCGUUGUUUGUGUAUAAGAUCACCAUAAUUCCAUUACAUUAGUGAUUGUCCAAUCGAUUCCACGUGCUACAACCAUAGCUCUGGGGUUUUUCUGAUCAAUAGACUUCCAUGAAAGAUGCUAAAUGGUUUUCCUUGAAGAUUGCUGAGUCUUUAGCUAAGGGGUUACUCUGAGCUGCUGGCACUGUCUGUUCCAGUCACUGUGGGGAAGCUCUGAAGGAUUCUCAGUGCCCUGUGGUGCUCUCAGGUGCAGCAGAACACACAGCUGAAACAGGAAUUUUACCAGUGAAGGAAACUGCAGGCAAACCUCUGGGGUGAAUUCCUGGCCCGGCUGCAGGAGGGAACCCAGCUGAGCUGCCCCAACUCUGCUCCUGGGCACCUGGCGAGGCUGCCAGGGAGGUGAUGCUGCUCCAGAAGGGUUUUAUCCGUGCCACACCCAGAGCAAGUGACAAUCCCCCAGCCACGGUGGCCACGGGACCCCAGCAGGGCCAGUGGGAGCCAGGCUGGCAGGGCUGAGGGCAGGGAGGUGCCAGGGCUGGCUCUGAGCUGCUGCUGCCUGGGGCUGUUCAAACAAGGGGAGCUUUUCCUGUGCUGAGGAUUUCCUCUGGAGCACAACUGGGUGUGACACAGCUGAGUGUGACACACCUGGGUAUGGCACACCUGAGUGUGACACACCUGAGGGACCCAGCUCUGUAACCCUGGGUGUGACACACCUGGAUAACCCAGCUCUGUGACACACCUGAAGGGGAUAAAAAGGCUCCAUAAACACGCCAGAAAUAACCUUGGAAAAUUACCUUGGUAAUAAAGAAAUUACCUUGGUAAUGUUCCUGUAACCAGCUUGAAGAGAAUCAAAAAUGGUGCAGAAAAUAACACCUUCAGGAGUCAAAACCUGAUUUUUUCAGAGCCAUCAAAGGGCAGUUAUUACCUAUUUCCUCAUGUGGAAAGGUGAAUUUCCUCCCAUCUCGCUGGGAUUUGAAUUAGCUUUACACAGGCACUGUAAAACCAUGCCACAAGGUGUAAAAUGGUACUGGUGAAUAUUCCAGGUGAUUUGCUGCCCCUGCAAAUUGGCUUUAGCAAAUGCAGUGCUUGGGGAGGGUGCCCAGUGCCCUGCCAGCCCCAGCUCCCCUGGCACGGGCGUUCCCAAAGCCCCUGGCACUUCUGCUCCAUGGGAACCUCUCACCUCAGCUCGAGGCUGGGCCCCACCAUGGGAAUGAAAUUCUGCGUGCCUGGAAAAGCUUCUCAAAGCCAGUGUUCAUUGCCCUGUCAUUCUGUUCCUUCUGGACACGUCGUGCUGCCAGUGUCUAAGAGCAAAGCAGCAAAUGCUGCAUUUUAGUGCAGUAACUGCUGCAUUUUAGUGCAGUAAAUGCUGCAUUUUAGUGCAGUAAAUGCUGCAUUUUAGUGCAGUAAAUGCUGCAUUUUAGUGCAGUAAAUGCUGCCUUUUAGUGCAGUAAAUGCAGUGUGUGAGGCACUGCCCUGGCACAGCUGUGCCUAACCAUCACCUCUAGCUCUCCCUGCUUGACUGGAGGAGGAGAAUUGAGGACAAAGCAAGGCAUGUGCAAUGCUCACAGGUGGGAGACAGUUCCUCCUCCUCCUCCUCCUCCUCAAGAACCCCUGCAGGGCUUUGCAGGCUGGGCUCCCCUGGCCCAGGGAUGUGCAUUGCCCCAUCCUCUGCUCUCAGAGCGGAUCUCUCGUGGAACAGCCCCACAGGGGAACCAUUUCAGGCCCCUUUUCUCCCCAGCACUGCUCAGAGCAGGGGGCACACGCCCCUGGGGACGAGUUCAGUGUGUGAGCACGGGCUGUUCCUCCUCGCUGACAGCUGUGUGCAAAGAGGACCAAAGAGCCGAGUUCGGCGAGCCCGGCGUGAGCUGAGCUCUGGCUUCAUGCUGAGCCACACAAAUCCCUGUUCCCUGCAGCACUGAUGGGUCAGGGCACAGGCAGUGCCCCCUCCUCCUGCCUGGGGCUCAAACUGAUGCCAAAAGUGAGGGCUCGCAGGGAGGCUGGUGGUGCUGCAGGCUCAGCCUCCAGGGAUGCUCUGGAGCUCACCUGUGUGAAGAAUUCCCUGCUGAGCAUGGCAGGGAGCCUGUUGGCAUCUCCUUCUUGUUGUUGUUGCCAUGCAGUGUGAAGUGGGAGUGUACAAAGGACUCUUUCUAGCUUUCCUUACCUCAUUCUGUCCCCGUGUUGCAUUUGGAUGAACAGAUGAUGUUUCUCUUUUCCAUAGAAAACUUUUAGGAUGUCUCGUGGUAUUUAUUAACAGCCAGUCAGUCUUCUGCUCUCCCAACUGAAUGUUUUGCUUACUGAGCCAGUGAAAUUCUCUCCUUCCUCACUGAGGUGUUGAAAAAUUCCGUAGCCCUGUCUCUAAGAUUGAGCCACAGGUAAAUACAAACCAAGGCCUUUGCCAGCUGGCCUAGCAGCUCCUGCUGCUACCCACUGUGCUCACAGGUUAUUUUGGUGUGAGUGGCUCUGUUCCUCACCUGCAGAGGCUCCGAGGGAAGCCCUGAGGUCUUUAAUUCCCAAAGAGCAGAGAGCUCCCAGCUCUGCCCAGCAGCUCUCACACAGAUUCCACACACGUGCAGGUUAAGCUGCAGAUGGAAUUUGCUGCAGCCAGAAAGGUUUUGUUUCCCCUGGCUCUGCUGCAGAAGGGCUGUGGGGCAGUUCUGUCCCAGCUUUGUCACAGUCAGCACUCUGUGCAGAGCCCAGGGCAUCUCCUUGGGGACACCCUGCUCCCCAAAGCUGAGAGCCCCACCACCAGCCAGAGCCUUUCCCAGCCCGGUGGGACGAGCAGAGCCCUGAGCCCAGCCCAGCCCAGCCCCCGAGGCCUGGCUGAGCUGCAGGUGAAGCCUCUGGAGGCACCAACCAAGCCCUGAGCAGAGCAGAACUGGGCCUGUCCCCUCCCUGGCCAUCCCCAGGAGUCCUUGGUGCCACGAGCAGGUGGCCGUGUUGCAUGGAGGGAGGGACUGAAGUUAAGUAGCUUAAUUAGCAGCUCAGUGUUUAGCUGUGGCCAAUUUUAGAUCCUACCUGAAGGUACCAAACUUGUCUCAAAGCAUGGAGUCCCUCCUCCUCAGCAGAACAGGAAGAAGAAGAAACAGAAGUAUUUGGGUUGGGG